AUGGCCGCGGCCUCGACGACGACGUCCUCGGCAACCACCACCUGCUCUUCCUCGUCCACCACCACCAGCCCCGGCCCGCACCGCAGGCGCCAGCCCAACGACAUCGAGCGCGACGACGACUCCUCCUGCUCCUGCUCCUGCUGCGGCACCGGCGGAGGCGGCGCCGACCACGACUUCCUCCACCACGCCUGCGAGCACGACGACGCCGAGUGCGGCGGCCUCCACGGGCACGGCGCCGGCGCCGCCGCCAGGGCGCUGCUGUUGUCGCGGAGGAAACGAGCGGCGUGGGCCGUCGCGGCAGCAGGCGCGGCGCCGCCCGGGCGGACGGCCUGGAUGAGGGGCAUCGUGCUCUGCCUCCUCGGCCUCGUCGCGGUCAUCGGGUUCCUGGGCUCGCACCGGGGCGGCGGCGGCAGGCUCUUGCACAGGGUGGAGGUGGCCGCCGACGCCGACGUCAUGGAGUGGACGGAGGAGAACUUGACGGCCCUCGCGCGCCGCUCGCCUGAGCCGCCGAUACCUGAGAUAUGGAUGAAACCAGACAGUGAGGGUUACAGCCAGUGCAUUGAACGGCCGAAGAAUCACCGCAGGAAAAACAAUGCAACUGUCGGUUACCUGAUUGUCGAUGCAAACGGUGGCCUGAACCAGAUGAGAAUGGGAAUAAGUGAUAUGGUUGCAGUGGCGAAGAUCAUGAACGCAUCGCUGGUGAUCCCUACUCUGGAUCAUCAGUCAUUCUGGACUGACCCAAGCGAUUUCAAAGACAUAUUCGACGUCGAUCACUUCAAGGAGUCGCUGAAGGAAGACAUUGUGAUCGUGGAUUCCCUCCCACCAGAUUACAGAAGGGUGAAGCCGUACGUGAGAGCACCCACCUCCUGGUCCAGGGCUUCCUUCUACAGAGACUUUUCUAAAAUCCUGAGGAAGUUCAAAGUGGUGAGGUUUACGCACACGGAUUCGCGGAUCGUGAACAACGGCCUCACUCCUUCUCUGCAAAAACUCCGGUGCCGCGCGAAUUACAAGGCGCUCCAGUACAGGAAGGAGAUCGAAGAGCUCGGCAACACUCUGGUUGAUCGGCUGAGGAAUGGGUCCGAGCACUACAUCGCGCUUCACUUGAGAUACGAGAAGGACAUGCUGGCCUUCACCGGGUGCAACCACAACCUGACGCUGUGGGAGGCAGCGGAGUUGACGGACAUGCGGUUCAAGGUGCGGCACUGGAAGGAGAAGGAUAUCAACAGCGAGGAGAAGCGGCUGCAGGGCGGGUGCCCCAUGACGCCCCGCGAGGCGGCCGUGUUCCUCAAGGCCAUGGGGUACCCCUCCACCACCAAGAUCUACAUCGUGGCCGGCGAGAUCUACGGGGCGUACAGCCUGGACGCGCUCAAGGCCGAGUACCCCAACAUCUACACGCACUACAGCCUCGCCACUGUGGACGAGCUGGAGCCGCUGGAACUGUACCAGAACAGGCUCGCCGCCGUGGACUACAUCGUGGCCCUGCAGAGCGAUGUGUUCGUGUACACGUACGACGGCAACAUGGCAAGGGCCGUGCAAGGGCACAGGAGAUUUGAAGGCUUCAGAAAAACCAUAAACCCUGACAGGCUGAAGUUUGUGGAGCUUAUUGACAAGCUGGAUGAAGGUUCUAUGUCCUGGAGUGAGUUCCAGAUUGUGGUGUGGAAGCACCAUGAGAAUAGACUCGGAGGUCCGUAUGAGAGAUUGCGUGGUGCAAGUCCAAGGCAGGAGGAAUACUUCUACUCAAAUCCGAUCCCCGGGUGCCUCUGCAAAAGUGUUGAGAGGAGUAGAUGA